GCACCUCUGCGCGCUCUCGUUUGCUGGAUCCGCGUUCACGUCUCGCCCAUCAGAACACCUCAACCUGUGAAGACUCAGGAGAACUUUGUUGCUGCAAAAUCCGCCAGACGCACCAAAACUGCGCAGGAACUAAAAGAUGUGGAAGUCAGUGGUGGGCCACGAUGUGAACGUGAAGGUGGCUGCAGAGGGGGACGACUGGGAGACAGACCCUGACUUUGAGAAUGAUGUAUCCGAGCAGGAGCAGAGGUGGGGGGCCAAAAGUAUUGAGGGCUCUGGGCGCAAAGAGCACAUCAGCGUCGCCGAGCUCAGAAACCGGGUCGCUCAGGAACACGAGCAGGUGAAGCAGAAGGAUCUAACUCCCAAAGCGUCGUACGGAUAUGGCGGGAAGUUUGGUGUGGAGAAGGACAGGAUGGACAAGGUGGCUGUGGGUCACGACUACGUGGCGCAGGUGGAGCAGCACUCCUCCCAGAAGGACAUGACGAAGGGAUUCGGUGGGAAAUUUGGUGUUCAGAAAGACCGUGUUGACAAGUCUGCCAUGGGCUUUGAGUACAAAGGAGAGGUGCAGCAACACGCCUCUCAGAAAGAUUACUCAAAGGGUUUUGGAGGGAAGUAUGGAGUUGAUAAGGACAGAGUGGACAAGGCGGCUUUGGGUUACGACUAUAAAGCAGAAACAGAGAAGCAUCAGUCACAGAAAGACUAUGCCAAAGGUUUUGGAGGGAAAUAUGGCGUGGAGAAAGAGAAGGUGGAUAAAGCCGCCAUGGGUUACGACUAUAAAGGAGAAACUGAGAAACAUCAGUCGCAGAAAGAUUACGCAAAAGGAUUUGGUGGGAAGUACGGCGUUGAGAAGGAGAAGGUGGACAAAGCAGCGCUGGGAUACGACUACAAAGGAGAGACGGAUAAACAUCAGUCCCAGAAAGAUUACUCUGCAGGUUUCGGCGGUCGUUAUGGAGUUCAGACAGACCGAAUGGAUAAGAGUGCAGCGGGAUUUUCAGACAUGGACUCCCCAACUUCCGCUUAUGAAAAGACUCAACCUGUAGAGGCUUCAAGCACAGGCGCUGGGAAACUGAAGGCUCGCUUUGAGAACAUGGCGAAGGCUUCAGAUGAAGAAAACAGGAAGAAAGUAGAAGAAGAGAGAGCAAGAAGAGAAGCCAGAGAGAGCAGAGAGCGAGAGGAAGCCAAACGCAGGCAGCAGGAAGAGGAUUGCCGGAAACAGGAAGUCCAACAUCCUCCUGCUCAGAAGGAACCGGCGUACCACAUGCCGCCUGUAGAAACCCACCGAAAUGUCCCGGAUGUCCCAGAACCGCCUGAACCAGAAACAGAACCAGAACCAGAGGGGGACGAAUUAUACGAAGAGCCUCCAGACUUGCCUCCACGCUCAGAUGAUCUCCUGGAACCGGCGGAACCUCCUCUGCCGCCGCGAUCCGCCGCCGUGGACGAAGAGGAGGAUGGCGGGAAUUACGAUGAACUUUGCAAACCACCUGUUCCUGAACCAGAAGAGGGUGGCGGCUUCUAUGAGGAGGUGUCGGCCGGCCAGAGGGCAGUUGCAAUUUACGACUAUGAAGGAGAGGCUGACGACGAGAUCUCCUUCAACCCUGAUGAUGUCAUCACCAACGUAGAGAUGAUCGACGAGGGCUGGUGGAAGGGCCAGUGUCACGGUCGCACGGGUCUCUUCCCAGCCUCUUACGUCCAGCUGCUGUAGGCGGUUUUUGCACACGCUUCCCUUUAAAAUCCAACUUUUUAAUCAACUCUAACUACUUUAUCCUUCUAUUUAUCCAAGCAUUUUUUUCUAAUAACGCAACAUUUUAAUGCUUUUUAUUGAGAAUCUCAACAGGAUUGAGAUUCUCAACUUCAAUUAAAGACAAUAAAGCAUUUUUUUAAGGUUUGAAAC